AUGUGGGAAGGAUCAAACAUUAAGGGAGAAGUAUGGCAUGGAAAAGAAGACAGACACAGAGAUAAGAAAAUAAAUAAUUACAGAAAAGAUGGUAAUAUACACCCCCAUACAUAUUUUUCCAUUUUACUUUUGACCCUCUAUAUAUACAAUGUUUAGCGUUUGAGCCCUUUUUUUUUUUUUUUAAAUGCCUACCCUACAUUUUUGGGACCAAACAAAAACUUCCAAUUUGAUCUUCUAACUAACCUAUUCAUCUUAUAUCAUCAAAGCAUAAUCUGUGAAAUAUUGACAUCCUUCUAUGCCCUGUCUCUAUCACCCCUUCCUACAGCUAGUCUGGAAGCAUUCUAUAUGUAAUGUUUCAUGUUCUAGAUAUGUGUAUGAUAAAUUUAAUGUGAUAUUUCACUUUCCAUCAACUUAUUUGUAACACACAACAUCUGAACUUUAAUAAAGAAAAAUAAUAUUGAAAUGUAUGGCCCAAUGUCUGCAGAUCUGAUUUCCCUGAAGAAAAAAAGAAGCAGACGUAUAAUAACAUUUAUUAUGUCCUCUUUUUUUUUUUGCAGGAGCAGAUACAUUUAUUUACACCUGGCUUCCAAAUAUCCUCAAGAAACCUUUGGGAAUUUUGUAUGGACAUGGAUCCACAGUUGUAGAUUUAGCAGUCAAUGAAAAAGACCAGCAUCUUAUUAGUGUUUGCACAUCAGGAGUAAGUGUCCUAAGAAAAUGUUGCAGAUAAUUUCCUUUUUUUUGGUGCAUAGCUAUUCACAAAAUGACACAAGGACUAAUUAUUAAACUACUUAUCUCCAAAUUCCAUAAGCUACUAAUGGAAAUGGUAAAAUAAAAUAUUUAAUAGUGUUCUGGAUUUUGUAAGGCACACUUGAUUUAGUACCACAAACAAAAAUGGGAUACGGCUGUAUAAUCUACUAGCCCCCCAUACUAUCAGGGGAGGCACCUUAUGAACGCUCUUCUUUUACAUCAUCUUGUGAGUGCAUUCAUUUAAAGCGCACGAUUCAUUGUAUACACUUUAUUACACUAUUUUGUUUUUGUAUGUUCUCUCCAUAGUUUAUACAGCCGUAUCCCAUUUUUGUUUGUGGUUCUAUGUAUGUGUAAAGAUCGUUUGUUGUGGAUUACGAUCUUGGGAGGCUGCAUACUAAUUGAAGUUAAGUAACUUACACUAUUAGAGCACUGAGUUUGUGGUGUUUAUGUUUGUUUUGACACUUGAUUUAGUCCCUUAACCCUUAAUUUAAGACCCCAUUUUUGCCCACCUUAAUACGGCAAAAACUCACCUUUAUUCCAGGGCUGUGUGGGUCUGCUGGUGCUUGCCUCGCCUCUGGUCCAUCUCCUUGACUGAGAUAAUCAGAGUUGACAAUCUUAGCCAAUCCAAUGUUUUUCUUUGGGAGAUAGUAGUUGCAGAAAGUCGUGCAGUCAAUUUAAUAUAAUACAAGGUCCCUUCAAAAAUUUACUGAAACACUGCAGUGCUUUCCAGGGAGAAGGACUGCAGCUGUAAACUACUCCUUGAAAUCACGAGAUGAAGAUAUAUAUAUAUAUAUAUAUAUAUAUAUUUUUUUUUUUUUAAGUCAGCAGAAGAGCGGAAGCAGUAACAGUCAAUUCCAUAUAAUCCAAGGUCUCUACUAAAGAGAGAGGCAUUGCAAAGACACGAUUACCAACAACCCCUAAAGGUGGCUAUUUUCAUUUAUUGAGGUCUGAACAGCAGCAGCAGCCUUUGCGCAUGAAGAAGAGGUAGCUGUGGGAAGAGGUAUCAGUAGCAAAGAGUCAUCUUUACUAUAAUACUAGGUUCCAGCAAAAAGGUAACAAAACACUGCAGUGCUUUAAUAGGUAGAAGCGUAGAAGCACUGCAGUGGCACCCUACUCCCUGGUGAGGUGGUUGGUUAUGUUACUGCUGUGCCUAGCCACUGGCAGUGCCACUUAACCCCUUAAGGACCAAACUUCUGGAAUAAAAUGGAAUCAUGACAUGUCACACAUGUCAUGUGUCCUUAAGGGGUUAAACAAAAUCUGAGUAGAAGAUAAACAGCCUGUGGUAUGUUUACUCAGAAUGGCAGCAGCAAAAGAUUUUGUGGAUGUGAGUCCAGGGAACAUGUGGCAAUCACACCUCUAAAAGAAGAAAAUAAUAAAGGUGCAAGCUGAAAGCUUGUCUACAAUCAACAUGUGGAAAUGGAUAGUCAAACUUGAGUUGGUUGAAUUAGAAAAAUGUAAUUCUCAACUUAAUUUGGUGUGAAAGGUGACCUCAGGGAUUGAAGAUGUGGCCAGUAACUGAAAAACCCCUCUAACUCUUAAUACCUGUGAGUGGGUAUGUCGGCAAUUGUUGCACAGGCUACACUUGACUUUUUUGUUCCUAAUUACUAGGAGACUCUGUAGUAGGAAAUAAAGUAGAUUCUGAAAGGUAUGCAUUAGCCAUUUCAGAGGCGCUACUCUGGGAUUGAUGAUGUGGCUCCUAUGAUUCCACCCAACAUGGCACUGGUAAUGGUCUUGGCCCAAGCGGUUGCUGCUCAAGUCUGUCUGCCUCUACCUUUAUCACCACUAUCAUGAUCGCUGUUUAGCUAAGGAGGAGAAUCUCUACUGCAUAGAGGUGCUGCCACUGCUACAUUCACUGCAUGUUUAAAUACUUGUUUCUCCCUUUACCAACUGCUGCUAUUCUUCCAGUUUCUCUGCACCUCAUGCACUUUAUUAACUUGUCUGUCUUUCCACAUAGGGUAUUACUCCUCAGCCAGAUUGCCCUUUAUUAUUGGAUCACUAAUGGCAUCCUGCUUUAACUCUGGAAUGGUGUCCCUCAUUUCACUCUUGCAUCCUUUCAAUGCAUCCUCCAACCAUCCUGUCUGAUGCAGCCUUUCUCCAGGUUCAAUCUCUCAGCUCUGUAGGACUGCUUCUAUGUUGUUCUUUAUAAACAUUAAUAAUGGGAUCACCUGCCCAAUGCUUACACUGGCUUGACUUAAAUUGUCUGUGAUGUCCUUGAAAGGCAUAAGGCAGUGGUUUCCAAACCAAUCCUCAAGGCACGCCUACCAGUCCAGAAUUUAGGGAUUACACAGCUGUGUGAAGGUGUUGGAUUAUUUUCUUUUUAAAACACAAGUGGGUAAUCCAAAAUCCUGGGCUGUUUAUUGAGACCUGGUUUAAAAACCAAUGGUUUAACGGCUGCCACUAUUUGAACUAUAGCUCUCCAUUCCUCUUAUCCCAGUGGACCUAUCACUCCUAUGCUCAUUCCUGAUGGAAAGGAAGAUAUCAUUCUCUGCUGCUCAAGGAUAUGGUCCAUCAUCUCAAUAAACCACUACAUACCCUGUUUAGGUAUAUUGUUUGUAGGGCAGCAAAAAGGGAUGUCCUUCUUCUAUUUUUGCACCAGCACCAAAUGAUUCCUAUUUAUGUCCCUGCUUGGUAAUGAAGAUGUUAAAAUAAAAUUUGAAAUUUUUUAUUAAUUGUUACUCUAGUCUGUACAUGAAGUCAGGCAUUACAAUUCUCAAAAAUCUGUUAUCUACUUGUGUAUGCUGCGCCUUCUACAUAAUAAUCCACUUUAAUCUUUUGAUCCUCUUAAGACUGGAAUGCGCCCAUGUCACUACAGUAUUUUGUACUUAAUGCAUAGGAUUUAUACAUACACCUUUAAUAAAUCAUAUUAACGUGUGCAUGUACUAUAAACCAUUUUGAGAAGUGUGUAUAAAAUUUGUGAACCUGGCAUUAUAUUUAUCAGACAUUGGACAUGCCGUGUAAUUCAUACAAUUUUUAGAUAUAACAGUCCUCAAAAUUUCCACUCACCACUAGCAAGCGAAAAAGUAGCCUGGGCAAAUAGAAAUUAGUGAGUAUGCUAUGGCUUGCAGUGGUGCUAGUAGCAUAAGACAUUACAUUUUAGCCCUGGAUACAAUAUAAUAUAUAAUAACUAAUUUAUAUUCAAUGUGCUUGGAUCAAUAUACAAGUCAGCUGAUAAUGUUUGCAGGUCCAUAUAUUGGAGUAUUGCAGGUCAGUAUUUUGGUGUAUUGACGUAUAAUAAAUAAUAUAUUUAGUAAAAAAAAAGUGAUUUUUUUUAAAAUUUAUUUUUUUUGUUCUUAGGAAUUUAGAAUAUGGGAUUUGCAAUGCAAUGCACUUCUCUACAUUUUUGCUGAUAAAGACCCGAAACCUGGUGCUAGACAAAUAAAUACCUUCGUAUUUGACAACAAGAAUCUAAAACUUAUAGCAGGUAUGAAUCUCCUAGUUAAAAAAAUAACUAGAAUAUGUUUCCACUUAAAACCAGUAUAUAUUCAUAUACUAUCUAAGCAACAUACUGCUUACCCACACAAUUGAUUUAUUGUUCCAAAAAGCAAGAAAUAAGAUAUUACAUUUCUAUCAUUUGUUAUUAAAGGGUAACUCCAGCCACCAUGACCACUUCAGGGAUUUGAAGUGGUCAUGGUGGUAUGAGUCAGCUUGAUACACUAUAUGAAUAAAAGUAUUGGGACACCUUGACACCAACAGGGACUUUUAUGACAUCCCCUCACCCCUUAGCAGUUAUGACACCUGUGCUCUUUCUACAAAGCUUUCCACAAGAUUUCAGAAUACACAAUUUGUGUGCUGAUUUUAAUGCCAGUGGAAGUUUGGAACUCUUCAGUUAUGGAAUCAGCAGAGCGAUGGUGACUUUUCCUCACCGUGCGCCUUUCCACUUGGUGACUAUAUAUAGUGGCACAAGAGGUAAGGGUAAGAUGCAUUUCACAUACGAGAAAGAGUUGAUUACUAGAAAAGUUUACAGUGAAGGAUUAGUUUAUGAAUGACACAGUUGCAGGAGAGAAAGCGUGGUGGGUUACCAAGGUGUGAGGAGAUUGAUUUAUACGAUUUCCUAGAGAAGUUAGUUUUUAGUUUUUUUUGUAAAUAUGGUUUUUAUUGUCGUUAUUGCAAGAGAAAUCAGUCAUUCCAAUCUUAUCUGUAACAUGUAGACUUGCAGGUCUUUGACAUAUAUUCAUAGAACAAUGGUUUCAAUUCGGUAGCAUAUUCGUGCGGGCACGCAGGCCCCGUUAUCAGUGGAUUAUUGUUUUGGCUAGCAACCCUCUUUUUCUCUCUGUGGCUUGGUUAUAACCCUGGGUUCCUGUGUUCUGGCUGUAAUCCCGGACCCCAUGGGUUGGUGGCCUGUCCUUUAGGUCUCAUUACAGUCCGGGGAGUCUAAUUCCCUGGGUCUGGGCAACGUGUUGACCUGCCCCGAUUCCUUUGAGUCGCCUAUUGAUAUAUCGUCUGGUCUCGAUUGGUCGAUUGUUUUAUCGUGUUUCCUAGCAUUUUUGUCCAUUUGUUCCUGGCUCCAUAUGUUCUAGGUACACGUCUGUUGGUGUCUUACUCCUGUUUAUGACGUCUAAAUGUCGAUCUCCCUGUAAGUCUGAGUUUAUGUUGUCUAGUUUCAUCAGGUUAUGAUGUUUUUAUUUCUCUUCCUUUAUACCCUCCUUUUUGUGUCAUUUUUGCACGUGUUUCUUACGUAUAAGCGGGCUAAGAGUGUAAUAAAGUGUUUUCUAUUCUGUCCGCGUUUUGUGCUUCUCGCUGUGUAUCAUUGUGUAUGUUGGGUUGUGCGUAUCAGUGGAUAUCGGUGUCCUAAGUUUUGCGCCAUUCCUGUGCUCAGUAUGUGUCUCUUGGGUUUAUUGUGCCCCUGUGUCCCUAAGCUGUCUAAUGUCAUCGCGCUCUUCUACGCCUGAAUGGCCUUCCCUUUCCACUGGGGCAGUUCUUUCUGUUUGUGUCUGCUCCUUUACUGUGUCUUUGCCUCGUCUAUGUUUGUGCCAGUGAGUUACCCUUUUCAGGUUUUCACCUAGCAUUGUGAGUGUGUGUGUUGGGUUCGGGCCUGGUCUGGGAAUUGGGGUAGGACAGUGGGAAGGGGGGAGGGUACUUCCUCGGGGCUAAGCUUCGUCGGUCACCCAUCUGGCCUGCCCAGGUCCCCCUUCUCUUCUGCGUUCCUCGUAGUCCAGCGUGUCCCGCCCUAUGUCUAGUCUUACGCGGCGUAGAGUAUCCAGGGUCUCCAUAGCUCCGUGUGCUUGUCACCUCUUCCCAUCAAAUUCGCUAUUCUGUUUUCUGCCGUCCGUAUGUAUUCCACUUUGCGUUUCCAUUGUUCCUUCGUGGGUGUGUCCGUUGUUUUCUAGUACAGUGGAAUUAGGGAUUUUGCUGCGUCCAGCAUGUGUCUCAUAAUGGAUUUUUUGUAGGUGGAUAUGGGUUACUCGGUGUGGUGUAUGAGGGCAGCCUUCAUCGUUAGUCUUGGGGGGAGAAGUUAGUUUUUAAUGAUCUUUUGAAGGAACUAAGACUUAGUGAGAGUCUAAAGGGAAGGGAGUUCUGUAGGAAUGACAGAGUCCUAGAAAAGUUUGGAAGGUGACUGUGAGAGGUGUGAGUACAAACAAAGAAUAGAUGCAGAUCUUCUGCAGUGCAUAGGGGCCUGGACGGGACAUACUUGUGUAUUAGUGAGGAUAGGUAGGUUGGAGCAACAUUACGUAGAGAUUUGUAAGUAAGUAAAGCCACAUUCAUUAUAGACUGUAACAGGGCCAGCUCGGAACAUGUAGGACCACUGAGUAGCUGAUUGCAGUAGCGGUGAAUGGAGUAGUGGUGACCUGCAUUCACCGCAUCCCACAUUAUAUAAAAGCGGAUGUGAGCUUUGUUUUUGAGAUGUAAACUGCGGGAUUUGGCUAGUGACUGGACAUGAGGGUAUGAAGGAGAGGUUGAAGUCAAAGAGAAGUCCUAGACAGUGAUCCUGUGAGGUAGAUUGUAGAGCCAUUGACCUUGAGGGAGAAAGACAUGGAAGUAGCAAAACGUGAGGGAGGUAAGAUGAAAAGCUCUGUUUUGGAUAAGUUAAGUAUAAGAAAAUGAGCAGCCAUCCUGUUAGAAAUAGCAGAGAGGCAAAUAGACGUUAGUCAAGAGAGACAGUGAGAGAUCAGAAGAGGACACAUAGAUUUGCAUGUCAUGCACAUAGAAGUGAUAUUAAAAACCAAAAGAGCUGAUGAGUUUACAAAGGGAGUCGUGGGGGGGUGGGGGGGGUAGGUGGAGAAUCAGGAAAGAGCAGAGUCUUGUAGACCAAGAUUACGGAAGGUGAGAAGAAGUUGUUGAUAAUCAACAGUGUUGUUGCUGAUUAAAUCACAUUAUAUACUAACAGAUAAAGGAACAUAGAAUUAAAUGCAUGGCCAUACUAAACAAAAUCAUAUUUCAUUCAAAAAAUGGCAAAAAUAUCUGAUCUCUGUUUCACCUUUGCUCCUAUGGACCUGUUCUAUAGGCAUGGGUCCAGAGCUUCAGCUCCUUUAGCCCACAUGUCAAACCGGUCCUGGUAGGGCACUGAUGUGGCUGAAGUUUAGGGAACCUGAGAUCUCGGGUGAGAAAGAUAUAAAAGAGAAUCCAGGGGUAAAAAAGGUGAAACCAUGGAGAAGAGGAAUAGGCUAGGAAACAAAAGAGUAGAGAAUUGGGGAGAUUGAUGGUGGGAAUCAGAAGAGAAUCUCUGGAAAAAAUAAAGUUUGUUAAAUGACAAGAAUGGAAACAGUUGGGUGACGAAAGAGAGAAACAGUCUCUGGGGCUAAGGGUAAGACUCGAUUAGAGAGGGGGAUACAUGAGGGGUAUAUAAAAUAAAGGAUGUUAAGUGAUGUGGGAAGAUACUAUAAAAUAUGUAAAGACAGAGAUGGAUAGAAAGAGACAGGAAUUGCCAAUCAAAAACUGAGAAUUGUCAGAAAUUGGAAAUUAUUGAUCAAAAUAGAUGCCUAUUUCUCAGGUCAGCCAUUUUGGCUUAAUAUAUGCAAAUUCCUCCUUUCUAGAAAGGGAAGUGAAAGGGUAUUAGGAAGAGUAGACGGCUGCAGAAGUGUUUUGGAAACGCGAACAGCUUGAAAUCAAUAUGGAAUAUAGAUAUAGAACUAAGACAUAUAGAGCCAUGAGACACUGUUGGGUAGAAGGGAAGAGAGACAAAUGCAGAAGGAGGUGAACCAAAGUUAAUCCCCACUAUUACUAUUAUUAUUAUGUAUACAGCACUAACAAUUUCCCUAGUUCUGUACAAUAGGUAUGCAACUUUCUUGGUAGUGGACAACGUGUUUAAUGUCUUGUUAGUAUGACAAAUAUUCAUUUUUAUGAUUAUUUGCUUUGCAGGUUCAUCUGUUGUAGAUGUCUGGACUCUUACUCAGCUGAUUCAAGAUACACAACAGGUUCCUUGUACACAUGAAAGACCAAUAAUUGUAUUGGUUUAUAAUCAGAUUUUUCAACAAUUACUCAGUAUUUGUUCUGAGUCAGUCAUAAAGGUAAGACUUUUAACUGCAUUACGUUUCUGGAUAAACCAAUGAAUCAAGCUUUUUUUUGCACAACUCAUUUUUUUAAAUAUAAUUUACGAAAAUUAGUUUUCAUCAAUUAUUUUUAUUGUCUAUUAAGAUGAUUGAAGCCAGGGGCAGUUCUAAGGGGUUGGUAGAUUCUGAAGUCCAAAGUGAGGUCCUUAAAAGUCCCAGGUCUAAUUUUGGCCCAAUUUCAUUGUUAGCCCUGAGUCCUAUGGAAUACCCAUAGAGAAAUAGCAUCUUCAAUUAAUCCCAAUAAUUUGUGAUAAUGCCACCUUAAUGCAGGUGGUUUUAAUGUUGUAGGGUGCAUGGCAAGUGUGAAGUUUAUAAAUACAUAUUUAUAUAAUACGCUGAACUGUAAGGGUUUAAGGUUGGAUUUAGAGUUGGAGUCGGAUCCAGAGUCAAGUAUCGGUAGGGGUACUGGAAGAGAUUUUUUUCACCCCCUCCCCCUCCCAGAAAAAACCAAAACCACUCAUCAGAAAUUAAAAUGUUUGUGUGCACCUUGUGUGGCCCCGUAAUAUAAUAUGCUUUGUGUUUAAGUGCAUACCAGAGCUUCACAGCAAUAAAUGCCACACUUUGCACUGUGAAUAUAAUACUGUAUUUGUGGUUGGAGUGUAUGUUUAUGUGUGUGAAUGCAUGAUUGUAUAUGUGAAGUGUCUGUGUAUGAGUGUAAAUGCAGGAGUAUAUAUGUGGAGUGUGUGUGUGAGAGGGCAGGGAGUGUGUGCAUGUGUGUAGUGUGUGCAUGUGUGUGAAUGCAAGUUUGUAUAAGUAAAGUGUGCAUGCCUUGUAGGAGGUGCCUGUUUUCAGCAUUUAUAACAUGCAUUUUUGAGCUUUAGUAGAUUGGUGGGGAGAGAUAGGUACCAGGAGCUUUGACCAAUGUCCUUAAUAGUCCAGUCAGCCUUAAUAACAGAGCUACAUACAAAGCUACAGACUGUGUAAACUGAGUUCUGUCACAGCUCCUCCAGUGUCUGUUUGCGAGGAUGGACCAGAAGAGAUGAUUUCUCAUUUCCCAUCUGCCAUUUAACAGCCUCUCACAGAGGAGAUCUCUUGCAAAAAGCGAAGUAUGAAGGCUCAUGCUCUGAACCGAAAAAUGGAGGGAGUAUUAGAUGGACAAUUGGGUGGGAAAGGGGAAUGGACCAGCAUCUUUAGCACAUCCAGCAUUGGAUAGGAGCAGAUGCAGAUGGAAGCUGCAGGAUUUGGCAAUUGAUUGGACAUGAGGGGUGACGGAGAGGUUGGAGGCAAAGAGAAAACCUAGGCAGUGAGCCUGCGAGGCAGUGAGCCUGCGAGGCAGUGAGCCUGCGAGGCAGUGAGCCUGUUUAGUUUAAGAUAAUGAGCAGCAAUCAUGUUAGAAAUAGCAGAGAGGCAGUUAAAUGUGAGUCAAGAGAGCCGGUGAGAGAUCUGGAGAGGACAGAUUUGCUUUAAAAAAAAAAAGAAAAAGAUAAAUGUAGGGAGGUGGAAAGGGCUGUGAGGGAUCACAGGAGGGAGGGGACAUGUAAGAUUCCACUUGUAGAUGCUCUCACAGCACUGCCUGCAAUGGUGGAAGCUACUAAUGUCUGUGACAAGCAUGCAGUGUGUGCUCAUGACAGGCAUCAUUUUUGCACAGAAUUAACAUUAGGUAGCCCAGAAAGUUGUAAUGGUGCCAGAAAGCCCCAGGCGUUAGUUUGUUCCAGGCUCAGAGGAAGCCUGUGAGCCACUGGAUGCAGCUUAAAAAGCCCGUCCCCGCCGGAACCUCUACCGCGUGCGAUCGGUCAGCAUGGUGGUCCGGUCCCACCCUCCCCUUCUUUUGUUUUUAAUCUAACUAAUCCUUGUUUUACUUUCCUUUUCUUAUUUAUGUAUCUAAAAAAAUUUUAUCUCCCAUUUUUACUGACUGUGCUAUUUUCUCUUCUGUGUGUGAUUUGCUUAUAACUUGCUUAUAACUUGCUUAGCUUCUUUCUGCCUAAUCUUAUAGAUCAUUCUGUCUUCCUCACUCUGUUUUUUUUAAUAAUUACUAAAGGCUAACUUUUUUUUUCAUACUGUUAUGGUCACUACUGCGGAGUACCAGAGUGGUUUCUUAAUUUUUCUGCUCUUACUGUCAAUAAUGUUUUAAUCCCUGAAGGCAAGAGGGCAUUUAGAUGAAGUUGUUUCGGUGUCUGGAGUGCCCCUUUUACCUCUUAGUGACCUCGGUCAUAUCCGGUAUGUCCGACAAAAACUGGUCGUUAACAAACUUGGAUGUACCUGAUUUAGAGUGCUGGAAGCGAUCAUGAUCGCUUCCAGCUGCUCUGAUGGUAUUGCUGCGAUGCCUAGAUGUCGAGGCAUCCUGCAAUACCCCUCUUCACUGCCAGGCUGCCGGGUAAUCGCUCCCCUGGAGCGAUCACUUCCGGGUUGCUCCGCGUGGAGCCCAGCAGUGAGGCAGAGCAUCGGAAGCCAUCAGCCAGGAUUCCUAUGCUCUGCUUGUGCUGAGUGCCUCGAGGGGUCGAGGCAAGCAGUGAAAGAAUUAAUAAAAAAAUUUAAAAAAAAUAGCCUCCUCUUACCUCCCUUUCCCUCCCUCUCCCUCUAUUCCCGUUCACUCACCCAAUCGCCGCCGGUCCCCCGCCGGGGAUCGGUCUUCUUCUCCACUGGGGGGGGGGACUGUCUGACAGCCCAGAUAGUCCCCCCUAUGCAAAAUAGGACCCCAAGGGCCAUGUGAUCGCUCUGAAAGAGCAAUCACAUCGCUGCAAUAGGCGUCCAUAGUGUUGCCUGCAGGGGCACUGCCUGAACUGACAGGCAGUCCCCCUGCUGGUGAAAAAAGUUAAAAAAAAGUUUUAAAAUAAAGUUAAUAAAGUUAAUAAAAAAAAAUAUAUAUAUGUAUGUAUGAGAUAUAUAUACACUGCUCAAAAAAAUAAAGGGAACACUUAAACAACACAAUGUAACUCCAUGUCAAUCACACUUCUGUGAAAUCAAACUGUCCAUUUAGGAAGCAGCACUAAGUGGCAAUCAAUUGCACAUGCUGUUGUGCAAAUGGGAUAGACAACAGGUGGAAAUUAUAGGCAAUUAGCAAGACACCCCCAAUAAAGGAGUGGUUCUGCAGGUGGUGACUACAGACCACUUCACAGUUCCUAUGCUUCCUGGCUGAUGUUUUGGUCACUUUUGAAUGCUGGCGGUGUUUUCACUCUAGUGGUAGCAUGAGACGGAGUCUACAACCUGCUCAGGUAGUGAAUCUCAUCCAGGAUGGCACAUCAAUGUGAGCUGUGGCAAGAAGGUUUGCUGUGUCUGUCAGCGUAGUGUCCAGAGUAUGGAGGCGCUACCAGGAGACAGGCCAGUACAUCAGGAGACGUGGAGGAGGCCGUAGGAGCAGCAGGACCGCUACCUCCGCCUUUGUGCAAGGAGGAACAGGAGGAGCACUGCCAGAACCCUCCAUGAGGUGGUAUGAGGGCCCGACGUCCACAGGUGUGGGUUGUGCUUACAGCCCAACACCAUGCAGGACGUUUGGCACUUGCCAGAAAACACCAAGAUUGGCAAAUUCGCCACUGGCGCCCUGUGCUCUUCACAGGUGAAAACAGGUUCACACUGAGCACAUGUGACAGACGUGACAGAGUCUGUAGACGCCAUGGAGGACGUUCUGCUGCCUGCAACAUCCUCCAGCACGACCGGUUUGGCAGUGGGUCAGUAAUCGUGUGGGGUGGCAUUUCUUUGGGGGGCUGCACAGCCCUUCAUGUGCUCGCCAGAGGUAGCCUGAUUGCCAUUAGAUACCGAGAUGACGCAUCCUCACUCCCUCUGCUGUGCUAUGUUCAUUUGCACUUGCUAUAGCGGAAGAGGUUUCUGCUCUGCUCCCUUGAUCCUAUUCCCUCACAUCUCAUCCGUACUCUGUCUCCUUCUCUAGCCUUGCCUCUCACUAAAAUUUUCAAUCUCUCCCACUCCUCAUAUUUCCAUCACCCUUCAAACAUGCAACUGUAACCCCAAUUCUAAGAAAGCCCAACAUCGACCCUAACUCCCCGUCCAACUACCGCGUUACCUCGAUACUGCCUUUUGCGUCAAAAAUCCUAAAAAAGUCAUGUACGUGAGACAGACUUCCUCGAAUCCAACUCUCUGCUUGACCUGCUUUAGUCUUGUUUCCACACUCAUUUCUCUGUGGAAACGACUCUGACCAAAGUAUUCAAUGAUAUGCUCACUGCAAAAUCUCGUGGUUUUUAUUCUAUCCUAAUUCUCCUUGACCUUUCCGCUGCUUUUUACACUGUUGAUCAUCAAAAGCUUCUUCUCAUUCUCCGUAAUUUUGGUUUAUGAGAUAUUGCUCUAUCCUGGUGCUCCUCCAACCUCUCCCAGCUCUUUCAGUGUUUCUUUGCUCAACACAGAAGACUGUGCAGAGAGCACAUAUGAAGUACUCUUUGCAUGGUCCUAGAACCCACCACAGAAGAGCAUCUAAUGAUGGCCACAGCUCCUUGUUGUUCCAAGAUAUACACCAGGUAACAAAAUCUGGAAGGUGAGACAGGACCCUAAAAUAGGGGCUUUCCUGAUGAAAGUGGACAUUUGGAAAGCCUGUGAUCAUGUUUCAUGAACAAUGAUCAAUAGUUGAAGAAAUAUAUCAAAAUGGCUGUUGGAUGGAGUCUUGAAUGGAAUUGAAAAAUUUAUCUUUUUACUGGUUUUCAGAUCUGGCUCUUUGCUUUAUUGGUUUGCUGUUCUGAUUAUUUUUUUAAAGUAGUUUUAACUUUAAGCAAUGUUUUCAUGCCUUAUAAUAAUGUCUGUGUGAUAUUUAAUGGCAGGUAUGGGAUUUUAAGAAAGGUUCAUGUAUAUAUCAAAUAACAAAUGUCCAUGGAUCAACAACAGAAGUGACUGCUGCAGCUAUUGAUUCUAAUGGAUUUUACUUUGUAACUGGAGCUUAUGAUGGUAUGCGAACAUCACUUUUCUUUCAAUGAUAAUACCAGCUCAUUCACAGCAUUGUAACAGAACAUUAAAGAGUAUCUUCCUUUGUUUUUCUAGUCAGUUCUACAACAAUUACCUGCUUGGUGGCCUUUUUGUUUCCCUCUGUCGUUAUUUACACACCAUUAUUACCACCAUUGUUUAACUGUAAAUGCAUUUUGCAUUUUAAAGGAACACUUCACUUCCUAAAUGGACAAAAAAAAAAUGUAUUUUAAAAAAAUCACUGUUUAGUAGAUAUAUCCCCAUGAAUACAUGCAUGAAUGUUUCAUCCAUGUUUUCAUUGGAGGUACUUCUUAAAAGAUCUUAUGAACUGCCGCCUAAGCAAGCUCUUCCCUUUUGUUCAAGGAAGAGAUUUUCAGUGUCUUCACAGGGAAAUAAUCAAUCAGAGGUUUCUCAUUGAGAAGCCUCUUAAUUGAUGCCCACAUGCACACACGCACACCAUUGCGCAUGCAUGUGCAUACAUGUCUGGUCUGAGGCCUGAAGGUGCUGGUCUGAGAUCUGUUUGGGAGGAGGCAGGCGUGCUCAGGGUAGCUAAUGGAAGGAGGCUGCAAACCUCCCUGGCUGUUUGAUUGACAGCCAGGAGUUUGUUCCAUAGUGCAUUUAUAAGAGUGCAAAUUUUGCAUUGAAAUAAUAUUUUUUUUUUAAUUUGAACAGAAAAAAACAAAUAGCCACUUUUAUAAAGUCAGGUUAAACUAGUAUACUCCUCACCCAUAAAGCAGUUCAGCAAGCAGAAUUGGACACUCUCAGUUAAUACCAGCACUAUUUGAAUGGAUGCCUUUAACAUGCACCAUCUAUUUUUGUCUAUAUGUCUUUCCAUCUUUCACUAGAAUAAGGACAGAAUGAAACUGUAUCUUUAGAAAUGUACUUGAGUAUGCUGCAUAACAUUUAUUUCAAACAAGGGAACAGAAUUUAACCUCUUAAAAAAGAACAAAUAAUCUCAGAACUCUCCAUUACCUGUACAGAAGAUGUAAAAAUCAUGAUCACCAUAUUAGUGGAAAGCUCAUCCUGCUUGUGAAAAUGUUUUGUUGUGGUUGGGCUGAGUUUUGACCCUUUUCCUACAUACCACAUAUCUAAAUAAUUAUCAGUUUCUCAUGAAAAUUCAGUGAUAGUAUUAGCAGUGAACUAGUGGUGAGUUGUAAAUCUUAUUUUCUUAUUUAGGGUCCUUGCAAACGUGGGAUCUUGGAAGUGGCCGGGAGCUUAAAGCGAUGACUCCAGUGAAAGGCAAUAAAGAUGAGAAACAAAGCAUUAUUCAUGUAUGCUUUCAUAGAGAUCCUGAAAAUACACAAAUAAUUGUUGCUGUGAACCUCAAGGGGACCAUCAAAAUUCUACAGGUAUUUACAGACAAAAAUAUAUAUACAGACACCGAUCAGUCACAACAUUAAAACCACUGAUAGUUGAAGUUAAUAACAAUGGCACCUGUCAACUGAAUAGUCAGUUAUUGAAUUUCAUGUGUUGGAAGUAGGAAAAAUAGGCUAGCAAAAAGAUCUGAGUGACUCUGACAAUGGCUAUAUGACUGGUAGGGGAUUUCCAGUAUGCAGUAGUUAGUAGUUGUGAAAGGAAUGACACAAUAAGAACUGGUUUCAGAGUCAUAGGUACCCAAGGCUCAUUGAUGAAUGUGGGGAGUGAAGGCUAGACCGUCUGGUCCCAUCAUACACAUAUUGUAGCUCAAAUUGAUGAAAAACUUAAUGCUGUCCAUGAUAGAAACGUGUCAGAUCAUUGUUUACUUGGGGAAGAGAAGUCAGGAUGCACUAUUGGAAGAAGGCAUGCCAGCAGAGGUAGUGUUAUGCUUCGGGCAAUGUUCUGCUAGGAAACCUUGGGUCCUGGCAUUCGUGUGGAUGUUACUUGGAAAUGUACUACCUAGCGAUUGCUGCAGACCGCAUGCACCUCUUCAUAGCAAUGGUGUCCCUUAUUGCAGUGGCCCCUUUCAGUUGGAGAAUGCACCCUAUCACAUGGCAAAAUGUGUUCAGGAAUGGUUUGAGGAACAUGACAAAGAGUUCAAGGUGUUGCCCUGGCCGCCAAAUUCCACAGAUCUCAAUCUGUUUGAGCUACUGUGGGAUGUGCUGGAAAAACAAAUCCAAUCUAUCGUGUCCCCACCUCGCAACUUGCAGAACUUAAAGGGCCUGCUGCUAAUGUCUUGGUGUCAGAUACCACAGGACAUGUUCAGAGGUCUUGUGGAUUCUAUACCUUGACUCAUUAGAACUGUUUUAGUAGCAUAAGCGUGACCUAUGAUAUUAGGCAGAUGGUUUUAAUGCUGUGGCUGAUCACUAUAUAUAUAUGUAUGUAUAUAUUAUAUGCAAUUAUUACAACACUAAAUAAUGCCAUUGUUAACAAGUUAACAGCUUAAACAAGAGCGCAGAACACCAAGAGGCUAUAGUUUACACUCUGGUGUCAGCUGACUCAUUGGACAUACCUUUACCGCAUAAAUCUAUAUAACAAAGUCAUAUUGCCGAAUAAGAAUACUGUUAAAUGAAAACUCUGCUACAUUUACCACCUGACACUGUGUUGCUGAUAAAUCUUGUGCAUUCAACCCUCCAAAGUUUGUUUCUCCCAUUACUAGUGCAGGCAUAAUGGUUUUGCGGAUUGUGCUUUGAACACGAAUGCUGCUUGGCUCAACAUCAUAGUGCAAGGUCCACUACACAUUCAGUAGUUAUUGUAUGUGAUUUUGUUGAAUGGAUCCAUCCAUGAUAGUGCUCAAACUAGAUCUGUGGUUGUCUUUGGCCAUUCUGCAUUGUCCAUAAAACAGCUAGAAUACAUGCUGCUACUUUACCCCUGGGCCUGGGCAUUGAUAUACUGUAUAGUUCUCUUUUUACCCUGUUACAUUAUACUUCUUGUUCCCCAAUCAUUGUGCCAGUGACACAGUCUCCUAGAAUAACAUUGGCUUAAAUCAUGCCAACAGGAGCCCAGUGGUGAGUAAUGGACACUAAAUACUCUCCAAGUUAGUUUUACUUUGAUUGGAAUUUUUCUUAUGGAAGAUUGUAUGAAAUGUCUGUGAAAUACAUGGAUAUUGUGUUUUGAUUUAUUUUCUUUUAUUAGUCUUUUAAAACAGAUUAUACUACAUAAACACUAUCUUACUAUUAUUAUUAUCCAACAUAAUCCACAGCACUUUACAAUUAUAGAAUAUGGAUAUUUAACAAUAUGUGAUUGCCAUACAAAAUACUGACAGAUACAAGAGGUGAAGAAGGCUCUACUCAAAUGAGCUUAAUAUUUUUCUUUAAAUCUUAAAUUUAAUCUUUUCAAAUAUUUUGACCACUUUUUUUUGUCUGCUCUUAUUGUAUUCAAUUCAAAAUCAGAAGUGAACCCUACUUACCUUUUCAAUUCAUUUCAAAAUCAGACACAGACGGACCUUUAAGAUUAAGUUGAUGCAGUUGGUAUUGUGAUGUUUUAAUUAAAAGGCUUUAUUUUGUGUGCUUCUGUUUAACCCUUAUAGGGUUAAUUAAUUUCUACUAUAGUAUUGUAGAGUGUAGCGGGUCUGCCACCAAACUGUUAAUUUCCCUGAUUUCCCCGUUGUGUGUGUACUGUCUUGGGGGUAGGGGUUCUCUCUUCCUUUCGUGUAUUUUCCCUAUCAUGUUCCUGUAGUUUACUCUGUGGGUUCAUCAAACUGUCUGCUCCCUGUUCGGGAGAGCCCCCACGAAGGGAAUCCACUCCCCUCCCAAACUGGGACCACCUCGAAACCUAAUGUAGAAUGUUGUUUUCGAACAUUCGCACCUCUUAAUGGGGUGUCAAAACUGCAAACCACAAGGGAAGCCUCGGUGCAUGCCUCCCCUGGGUGGCAGCCCGUUCGUUAGACGAAAGCUAUCCACGGGGAGCAUUCCCUAGUGCCCCGUGGAAAGUUCGCACCAAUAAAUAACAACGUUGGCAACUCGCAACAUAAGUGUGAAACUGCAAGGGAAGUAAUUAAUGAGUGCUUCCCUGGGUGGUCGCCGUUUGUACAGACAAGUGCCGGCCAGGGGAAGCAUUCGUAUCCUAAAUAGAGACGCUUCUCUUGCCUGGUUUUACCCAGGGACCUUGAGAACGGAGGCAGUUCGUGGCAGUUACCAUCCUGGGGGUCCCUGAGAUUGGUGGGGACACUCUUUGGGGAUGAUGGCGGUUUGGCGGGCUUUCAUUAGCUGAGAGCCAAAGAGGCGGGAUGCUUUCCCAUGCUGGGGCUCCCAGGUACAGAGGCUCAUGGGAUGAAGACCUCUUGUCACCGGAGAUGGGAAUCCCUGAGGAUGGGUGGCAGGAACAGGGGACAAAGGGACUGGAGUGCCGUUUCUGUCAGGAGACCCCUGGGAGGGGAGGACCAUGGGAGGGGACACUGAGUGGCAGGAACAGGGGACAAAGGGACUGGGGUUCUGGAUCUGUUAUACUACCCCUGGGAGGGGGAGGACCCUGGGAGGGGACAUUGUCUUUAUGUGUGAUCCAUCGCUUGCAUGGGGAAAAGUAUAAAGCCAAGUGUGGCCAAUAAAGUUGUUGUUGUACCCCUGGAACUGUGUGUUGUCUGGUUACUGGGGGGAUAUGGGUCUCUUCAGUCAUUAAUAGCAGAGGUAACCAGCCCGGUUACCCAGUGUCCGCUACAACUAGAGUAUUCGUCUUCUGAUCUCAUUAGAGAUGUUUCCUUUUUAAGUGAAAGUAAGGAGAAUUGUCAUCAUUGGAGCCUUAAAGUUCACAGCUGAGUUUAGACUGUAAUAGCCAUUGCAGUGGUACAGUAAACCUCUGUUAUUUAAAAUGUAUAGUGAUUUAGGUUAGUGCAUGUGUAAAAUUUUUGUGUGUUUUGCUUGAUAUUUGCUAUAGCCAUUGCUACCACUCAAUAGUAGAGGGAGUUUCAGUGCAGGUUCUAAUUCUUUGUGCUUUUUUAAUCAGUGUGAUCAACCUUACAUUGGCUUAUAGUGCUAUUAAGCUUUGGGCCUUGUCCCUCAGUUCUUAAUCAAAUUAUUUGAGAGUGGUUCCCAGAGGAUCCAAGAAACGUUGCACAACUUAAGCAGUAUCAAUUCACGCAUGUGUUAAUGUCGUUCAUUGACUAACCAUUUAAGCUUUGCACCCCAGCCAAUGUGUGAAGUUAAAAUAUGGAUUAAACUGAUAUUGCUAAUGUGGAAGUGGGCUGCAGGUUCCCUCAGGGACUUCUGGUUUUAGUCAAAGUGCAACAGUUUGACUCAGAAACAAAGUCAGCCCCUACAGCCUACUGGCACCAAAGCCACUGCAUAGGUAUAUAGUUGUUAUGGAGCCUAGACUGUGUAUUGACUAUGUGAAUUAAAACAUUAUUUUGCAAUAAUACAUUUUGUUUCAUAGUCUGGAAAAGAUGAUAAGUUUCUCAAUGUGAUUAUGGAGUUUACUGUAGAGCCUGAUCCGUUGGGGAGAACACCUAAUCCUACACUACAGCCUAUUGGAAAAUCCAAAAAAUUUCCAAGAAUCAAACCAGUGGUUCUUCUAAAAUCUAAUGAAUAUAGUGAACAGGUAAGAAAAGCAUCUUAUCUACUUUGCUAUAUAUACUGAUUAAAGAUAAAUAAAGUGCAUAUGUCAAUUUAUUAACCCAAGAACAUAUUUCAAUAUUUAACAAAAGCCAAACCACGUAAUGUGAAUUAUUUAAAAAAAAAAAAAUCUUUAUUUAUUUCAAGGCAGGACACAAACAUGUUUAACACAGGUAAAAGAACGUAUCAAUUUACAUCCAUAUAAUAACAGUUUUGUAUUAACAGGAAACAAAAAUAAGUGAAUAAUCGAAACCGCAAUCAACAGCAGUGAAGUCAAUAAAGCAAUACACAACAUUUGUAGUAGUCUUUACAUCGGUGGUAAUCCACCAGGGUAUUUAGAUAAAAGAUAAGAUAAAACCUAAACUAUCCUACCAACCAAUUAUAGAACGACUUCAGCAGUCGAGCUUAGAUUUUGUGUCGUUUAUAAGCGUAAACAGCAGCAUAUUAUCGACACCCUCGACCCUACAGUGAGUGUAGUGAUAUUACAUUUCUGCCAUUCCAGCCCUUAUGACUUUCUCAGAGGUCAAGUUUCAUCUCGACAGGCAUGACAUCUCAUGAGAAGAUCAGGACGUAAUGUUAGUGUUAUUCAGAGAGGAUAGAAGGAUCAAGAGUAUAAUAGAGACAGAAGUAACUAAGGACAUAGGAAAUGAAGGUGAUGUAGGAGAAGGGGAGGAUAGUCAUAGGGUGAGAAAAAGAAUAAAGGGGGAGGGCAUAAGGGGUCUGGAAAGGGUGGGAGGGGAACAGUCAGGGGAUGAGAAUCUCUGCCCAUGUGGUGCAUGGCUAGGUGCAUCUUCAAUCUUGUAAUAGCAUCUCGCCAUGGGGCACUAGAUUGCAUGCCCAUCCCCUGGAGGGAUCCUUAAAGUCCCCCCAGAGGGGACGGUAACUUGAGUUCCUCAGCCGUCUCCUCGCGGGAGCCCAGAGCACAUAAUGUGAAUUAUAACAGAUAUUUGAUUUUUGUUGUUUCAACAUAUUCCUUUAUUGCGCUGAAUAUUUUAUGAUCUUGUGUGUGAACACCUGCUCAUUGAACCUCUUAUUCUAAAAUGAAAGAGAUUAACAUGAAGUUGGUAACAUCUUUGCUGCUUUGACACUCUCAACCAUGUUACCUUUCUUCAGUUACAUGACCGAUAAUAUGUCGGGUACUAGUUUUGGGGUGACUAAUUCGUAUUUGCACUCAAUAUUUCAAUUCAUAUCCAAAAUGUUUGAUGGUGCUCAGGAUAGUGCACUCUGUAGUCUAAUCAAUUUCUUCCACACUGAUCUUGACAAAUAAUUUCUGUAUAAACUUCAAAUUAAGCUGAAAUGCAUUGCUAUAAACAUCCAAUGUAUUCCCCACUAUGGCUGCCAUAAUGCUGGAAUCACCAAACUAUUUUGAAUGUUGUUUAAUGCUAUAUAAUUAAGACAUUAUUUUGCUGGAGCUAAGGUUCUAGCCCUAUCUAUGAAAAUUCACGUUGACUAUUGUUCCUCAUCCAACAAAUUCUAUUGUUAAGAUCAAGAGGUCAGCGAGUAGCAUUACUAUGGCAUCCACAAAUCUCACUGUCACUUCUUGGGCUGCAGGAUGGUGACGCAUGACCUAACACUCUAACACAUUUCCCCCUGCUCUAGAGUCCAGUUGGAGUGAUCUUUAUAUCACUCUAGUUAAUGCUUGUGAUCCUAGGUUCUUGUAUUGUUGAUCACCAUAAAAACUAAUUUUGAGUUGUGGGUGAAAUCAGUUGUACUGAUCUUUUUUCCAGAGGCAGAUGUAAAUAGCUGUAAAUUCAUUUAUGAGUUUUGUCAAUAAAGCAAGAUUAUUUUUACAUAGUACAUGCGAUUGUAUAUGGUUGUGCAGUUUGUACGGCUUACCACUUGGCCACCCUGCAAUAGCAGAAUACUGCACUCUGCACUGCACUCAAUCUACUGUAAUUUUGUAUGUAUUCAAAGCCAUUAAUAAAAAGUAGUAUACACAUAGUUUUGGCCAUGCAGUGUAAUUUUAGAUUUGUAAGAACAAACAACCAUACACGUAUUUAGUAUUUGCUGUCAUUAAGUAAUUUGUUAAUUGAUUGAAAUUAAUUGAAAUCACACAUAAAAAAAAUUAGAUAUUUGUGAAACUCUCUUAAAAGACUUACAUGUUAAGUGAACAAAUAUAAAAUCUAUUAUAGUUAAUAUAUAUAGAUAUGUAUAUUUAAAUAAACCCUUUAACAGUUUGUAUAGUAACAGCAUAGCACUGCUAUAUGGUUAUACAUACAGACAAGUGAACAUAUGUUUAUUCAUCCUCCGUAUAAAUAGUUUCAAAGAAAGCUAGAUAUUUUGGGCAUGUCAGUGGGGAUACAUUUAGUCUAUUGUUUUAUACAAAUACAUGUGAUUGUUUGAAAGAAUUAAUCAUAAAGAGGGAGCAUACUUUAGCCAAUCCCUGCCCUUGACUUAUCUUCUUUGGGAUUCUAUCAGGAUACCUUCUCUAACAUGUUGCAUCCUCCAUUACAAUAGUGUGCAUUCAUUACUUAGUAAACAACAUUUUCCUAAAAUGUUCCUCUUGUUCUAUAGCCUCUGGUCUUUUCCCCAACCUCAUUUUAUCUGAGUUACAUGGUUGAGAUCCUGUGCUGAUGGAGGCAAAUGUAGAUUUCUGAUUUUAUUACACAUAAUUAGUGUACACAUUUAGUAUAUUUCUAUGUAUUAUGUUUUUUGCUCCUUUAUCACAAUAAUUCUAGUAUACCAGAUGCAUUUUACAUAGUUGAUUUUAACUGUGAAUAUUCAAUAAUAAUCUUAUACACAUAUGCAAAACAAUAACAAACCGUGCUUUUUUAAAUAUGUUUAGAAAGCGCCUUUCAGAAAUACACUGACAUGCUGUGAUGCGCUAGCAAUAGAAAAAAGUCUUCUUCUUGCAACUGGAAGUGAAAAUGGACCAAUAAACCUAUAUAACUUUGAAGAAGGAGCUGUCCAGCAUAUGUAUGUUCUGAAAUCCAAACAAUAUCUCUUCCAGUGAACAGUAUUUCACAGCUUUAAUUUUAGUGAUUCCUUUGAUAACAUGCAUGAUUAUUACUAUUAUUAUUCAAGAAAGCACAUUUUACAUUUUAGUUAACUAAAAGAAAGGGCAUUCACUGAGGCAUUAUACGUUGAAUAUCUUAUUCCCAAGUGACAGAACAAGCACUAUAUUAUUGAAAUAAUUAAAGGGACACUAUACUCACCAGAACAACUACAACUUAAUGUAGUUGUUCUGGUACGUAUAAUCAGACCCUGCAGGCUUUUUGCAGUCAACACUGUCUUUUCAGAAGGUGUUCCUAGGGACACCUCCAGUGGCCACUCCUCAGCACUGCAGCACUGGCAUCUCUAUGAUGAUUGGUCAGGGUGGCGUUUGACUCUGUCCCCGGUCCACCUCCUUGGCUGAGAGCAUCAGAAUUAACAAUAUCAACCCAAGGCUUUCCUUCUGAUUAUGUCAGCCAAGAAGGCAGAUCAGGGAUAGAGCCAGCACCAACUGGAAUAAAGGGAAGAGUUUGCUAUAUUUUAUAUAUAGGGAGUAAGGGGGGCUAGGUAGUGUUUUUAACACUACAGGGUCAGGAAUACAUGUUUGUGUUCCUGAACUAUAGUGUUCCUUUAAAAUAUCAUGAGUUUAGUCUAUGAAAAUAAUAAUAUAUAUCAGAUAUAUGUGUCUCUGUUUGUGUGUAUAUUAUUGGGUUAUGUAUAAAAAGAGUCUUCUGAUCAGUGGGGAAAACAUGCAAACAUGGAAAAGGGAUGGAGUCACCAAUGCAAUGUAUCUGCUGGUUCCACUGGUUUCCAUGGGGAUUGCCCCACUUUUGGGCAACGUUUCAGAAGAAAGCAUUUUUUUUUUAUUCAUGACAGCUUUUGCUUCUAUCAUGAAAAUUCAAACAUGCAUUGGAAGAAGACUAGGGCCCCAAUUAAAUUUGAUCUGAUCAUCUUCAUGGAGAUAAGUCAUUUGUUGGUUUUGGAUUAAUUAAGUACAGUGAGGGAAAAAAGUAUUUGAUCCCCUGCUGAUUUUGAACAUUUGCCCACUGACAAAGAAAUGAUCAGUCUAUCAUUUUAAUGGUAGGUGUAUUUUAAUAGUGAGAGACAGAAUAAUAAUUAAAAAAAAAUCCAGAAAAACGCAUGUCAAAAAAGUAAUAAAUUGAUUUGCAUGUCAAUGAAAUACGUUUUUGAUCCCCUAUCAAUUAGCAAGAUUUCUGGCUCCAAGGUGUCUUUUAUACAGGUAACGAGCUGAGAUUAGGAGCACUCUCUUAAAGAGAGUGCUCCUAAUCUCAGCUCGUUACCUGUAUAAAAGGCACCUGUCCACAGAAGCAAUCAAUCAGAUUCCAAACUCUCCACCAUGGCCAAAACCAAAGAGCUGUGCAAGGAUGUCAGGGACAAGAUUGUAGACCUACACAAGGCUGGAAUGGGCUACAAGACCAUUGCCAAGCAGCUUGGUGAGAAGGUGACAACAGUUUGUGUGAUUAUUUGCAAAUGGAAGAAACACAAAAAAACUGUCAGUCUCCCUCGGUCUGGUGCUCCAUGCAAUAUCUCACCUCAUGGAGUUUCAAUGAUCAUGAGAAUGGUGAGGAAUCAGCCCAGAACUACACGGGAUGAUCUUGUUUGAGAUCUCAAGGUAGCUGGGAUCAUAGUCACCAAGAAAACAAUUGGUAGCACACUACGCCGAGAAAGGAUUGAAAACCUGCAGCGCCUGCAAGGUCCCCCUGCUCAAGAAAGCACUUGUACAGGCCUGUCUGAAGUUUGCCAAUGAACAUCUAAAUGACAGAACAACUGCAUGGCAUCAAAGGGACGAUGGAAGGGGGCCAUGUACCAUCAAAUCUUGGGUGAGAACCUUCUUUGCUGAGACAGGGCAUUGAAAAUGGGUCAUGGAUUUCGGGAAUACUCAAUAUAGUCAAUUCCAGUAUUCCAGCAUGACAAUGACCCAAAAUACACAGCAAAGGCAACAAAGGAGUGGCUCAAGAAGAAGCACCUUAAGGUCCUGGAGUGGCGUAGCCAGUCUCCAGACCUUAAUCCCAUAGAAAAUCUGUGGAGGGAGCUGGAAGUUCUAGUUGCCAAACAUCAGCCUUGAAACCUUAAUGACUUGGAGAGGAUCUGCAAAGAGGAGUGGGACAAAAUAGCUCCUGAGAUAUGUGCAAACCUGGUGGGCAACUACUAGAAAUGUCUGACUUCUGUGAUUGCCAACAAGGGUUUUGCCACCAAGUACUAAGUCGAAGGGGUCAAAUACUUAUUUCACUCAUUGGCAUGCAAAUCAAUUUAUAACUUUUUCAACAUGCGUUUUUCUUGAUUUUUUUUUUGUUAUUCUGUCUCUCACUGUUAAAAUACACCUACCAUUAAAAUUAUAGACUGAUCAUUUCUUUGUCAGUGGGCAAACGUUCAAAAUAAGCAGGGUAUCAAAUACUUUUUUCCCUCGCUGUAUACGCUGUUAAGGACUUAUCAGAAGCCAAUAAUUAUCCGUUGAAAUAUUGAAUAUACGUUUCACUGAAAAUGUUGUCUGACAUGUUCUAAUUACAUUUUACACACACACACACACACACACACACACACACACACACUCUCUCUCUCUCUCUGCAUCCACUAUAUAUACACACUAUCACCCUUCAGUAAAGUUCCGUAAGGUCUCAUUAAGAAUUUAGUCAUAUGAUGGUUCGGCGUGGAAAAACGAAUUACGCAAACCAAAAAUGCAAAAAAAUGUGUCUGUUAAUGUACUGCAAAAUAUAUAGACAAUAUAAAUAGUAUGUAUAUAUUUUAAAGUUAACUGAUAGGAGCAUUUUCCUGCCAUUUGGUUCACAGAUCAAAUGAGAAAAAAGUAAUAAUAGAGGCAAAAAGAGGAGGAGCAGUGGAAAAAAACAACAACCCCAAACCAGAUGUAUAUAUGGCGGCCCCCCCCGAUGGGAAGAGGGGUUCCGCUGCCAGAGAUGUUCUUUUCCCCCUAUUGGGAGGGGUUCUGUAAAGCAGAGCAGGAACAGCUUUUACAAGAGCUAAUAAUUAAGCACUCCAAGCAGAAGGGAUACAACUGGUAUAGCUUUCUCCCACAAACAUACAUCGAGGCUCUAUGCUGUGGGACAACUGGUUUUAAUGGAGCCACACAAUCUUUUAUGACAAUUCCCAUGCAAGGGACACCCCUGGACCUGAGAGUAGACAACAGUAAAAACAUUCAUGGGAUUACAUUGGCUCACAGGUCCAGGACACUCCCAUACAAAAUGAGACAAUUCCUCCCCUGUGCCUGAGAGUUAAUUGGAUCAGGAACUGUGCUAACUUAAUUAUCUCCAGACACAAAAACACACAUUUCAGCAGUACCCUGAAAGUACCCCUAAAACCCAUGGAAACCCCACAAAAGUUACAUCCCCUGAUAGCCCCGAUCUGGGUAACCAAUAUAUCCAAAAAUCACCCAGAUCCAUUCAGGGGUUCGGAAUUUCCAUGGAAGUUAUAUUUUAACUGACCGCACAUGAGGCUCCUGAAUGAAGAGUUCCAUGAAUUCAGGCUGUGCGGUCGGUCUCUUUCAGGAAUACCCAAUAUAGUCAAUAGUACCGAACGUAACAGUUUGUGGAUAGGUUUAGUCUAUGUCUCUUGUUCGGGAGCUUGCUCCCACAGAACAUUGUUCAAUUCCCAUCCGUUUAGCCGAACGUCAAUGGAAGGGAUGUUCAACGACCAAACACCGCUUUUUGUGUUCGCGGCUAAAGAUGGCCACUGCCACGUGUUCGCAUGUUGAGCAAAAUCUGAUGCCAAUCAUUGAUUGUGGGGAUGUAAUAUAUCCACCUGCACCGCAAACUCACCUUAAUAAGCUUAAUACAUUGUAUGACUUGUUCUGCCACUUUGUGUAACAAUGUUAUUACAUGACCCACUAUUGUGACAUGCAAAAAGAACUAGACUGGCUGUCACUGGAAUUCAGACGCACCCUUCAUCUUUCCAGCAUUGUGUUUAGGAGUAUUUCUGGGAAGCUUCCACCCUACCUGAGCAGAAUGCUCUCCUUGGCUGUUCCCACCUCCUAUAACCUCAGAUCCAAUACCAGCACUUUAUUUAGUCUACCUCAAUACAAAAAAAAAGCGGCUCGAUCCUCCUUUUCCUACAGAGCACCACAAUUAUGGAACGACCUCCCACACACUUUCAAAUCUUUCCAAAGCCUAAAAUCCUUUAAGAAAUCCCUCUCUAUAUAUCUCAAAACAGAAUGCACCUGUCACGGUUGAUUAUAUAUUUCUUACCUGUUACAUUUUGUGUAUAUUGUGUAUUAAUAUUGUUUUUGUAUUUUAUUAUACCCCUGUUGUAACAAUAUAAUGUUUUGUGGACUCCGCACAUACUUAAAACCGAGAGAAAUCUCAAUGUAUCGUUCCUGGUAACAUAUUUUAUGAAUAAAUAAAUCAAUAAAUAAUGUUGCUAUGUAAAAACAACACAUAUUUUUAUAUUCCAUAGCUGUUUUAUGAACGACAAAAUGCAGACCACAAUGAACGAUCUUCAAAAACAGAGUGUAAAUACUAUUUUGUUCCUCUAUCCAAGAAAAGUGGUGACUGUGUCAAGGUAAGCACCUGACAAUUUACUAAAUCAUGAGUGUCAUUUAGUAUAUUGUUUAUCUAUAUCUGCCUGUCUAUCAACCUAGUUUGUAUGUGGAGUGAAAAGAGCAUAACAUGUGUAUGAGCUAGUGAAACAUGCACCUACCAUGUUUUAAUUACAGAGUACAUGCUUCUGUUGUAUUACAACAAGAUAAAAGCAGAAUAAAGGUAUGUAUAAUUUAAAAUAAAAUAUUACUAUUAAUUUGUUCAUAUAAACAUUCUUUUGUGUUGUUGAACAUUUGUCCAGAAAAAUCCUUUUUUUUUUCUGUCAGUACUAUAUGUAAACAUUUUGAUGUUCUCUGUUGUAAGUGUACCUGUUCCAAUUUAUGUCACUUGGCAAAGUUAAGUCAGAGAUAAAGUUGUGAACUGUGUUGUGGUUUUGGUACAGUACAGGUAGCUACAAAUUUUGUUUCAAAAAAACCUUUCCACACUUACGACAAUGGGUGAAUACACUGUAGACUGUCCUGUUAGAGUUCCAAGCCUGUUGGUAACAAAACAAGGCCUAGUUUUGCUGCAUCUGAGAAAAGACUGAUACAGAUAUCCGACUCAUUAAAUACUAAAAACUAAUUGAUUUUCUUCUUUGUUUAUAGACAGAUGCAACACUUACAGCAAUGGCUUCAGGUUAG